AUGCCUACAAGGUUUCCCAGCAAAAAUGUCGAUGUCUCGCCUCUUGGGGCGCCACUGCAGUUUGAAUUCAGUCAGCGCAAAGCUUCGAAUCGCUUUUUGAAGGCCGCUCUGACAGAAAGAAUGGCAUCUUGGUCUCCGACUGAUCUUUCAGCGAGAGGUAUUCCCAGCCAAACCCUCAUCAAUCUUUAUCGUCGGUGGGGAGAGGGUCAAUUUGGACUUAUCCUCACCGGCAAUAUUAUGAUCGCAUAUGACCAGCUCGAGUCACCGGGAAAUAUGAUCAUUGAUCUUGAGAACCCAUUCGGUGGUGAACGAUUUGAAGCCUUCAAGCAAUUGGCCACUGCCGCCAAGAAGCACGGGAGUUUAAUCGUUGGCCAAGUCAGCCAUCCUGGACGUCAGACGUUUGAGCAGCUGCAAUCCAACCCGGUUUCUGCUAGCGAUGUCCAGCUCAUCUUGGAGAAAUUUGGCGCAUUUGGGAAACCCCACGCAGCUACCGAGGAGGAGAUUCAGGAUAUUAUCCGCCGUUUUGUCCAUGUAGCCGUCUACCUGCAAAAGGCUGGGUAUGAUGGUAUUCAGCUUCAUUCCGCCCAUGGCUAUCUCCUCGCCCAAUUCUUGUCCAAGACAACGAACAAGAGGACAGAUAAAUACGGUGGAAGCUUGGCCAAUCGCGCACGGAUUAUUGUGGAAAUCGCCCAGGCUAUUCGUCAAGCACUCCCAGAUCCCGGCUUCAUCAUUGGAAUCAAAAUUAACUCGGUGGAAUUCCAAGCGCAUGGAUUUACCCCCGAGGAGUCAAAGGAGCUGUGUGAGAUUCUCGAGCGCACCCACUUCGACUUUGUUGAGUUGUCCGGUGGAACUUAUGAGGCUGGUGCCUUCCAGCACAAACGGGAGUCUUCGCAGAAACGAGAAUCAUUCUUUUUGGAAUUUGCAGACCUCAUCACUCCUGCUCUCAAGCGCACCCGCAGCUAUGUGACCGGGGGAUUUUGCACGGCGUCAGGAAUGGUCCGGGCUCUGGAGACAGUUGAUGGAGUCGGUCUUGGCCGCUCCAUUACCCAGGAGCCUCGCUUGCCAAAGGAGCUGCUCGCCGGAACUGUUCAGGGUGCAAUCCAGCAGAAGAUUGAUCCCCAGGACUUUUUCAAGACAAGCCCUGCUGCCGGUGCACAAAUGCUGCAGAUUGCACAAGAUGAAGAACCGAUUGACCUGAGCAAUGAUGCCAACAUGGAAGUCUUCAUGAAAGGCCUUGGGGAAUGGGGGCAGGAAAUGCAGAAGGACGGGGCCACAAUGAACAUGUACGGUUAUGCCCAGCUCCCCAAGGGUCAACCAUUCCAAAGUCAUCUGUGA